CUUGCAGAUAUUAUGCUUUAUUUUUUAUGAAGAUGUUGGCCAUGAUAGUUUUUGAUGGAAAAGGAAAAAGUUCAUGUGUUUCAGGGCCAACCCACUUUCAGAUAUGAGGGGAAGGGGAUGAAUCUCGAUGAUGGAUGGUAGUGACUGAUGAUAUCAACACGCUUUUGAUGAGGUUAGAACUUCAGAUGAGUCCAGGAUUCUCUUAUUCGGGCGAUAAUGGUCCAGACAAAUGGGGAAGCUUAAGCCCGAGUUAUGAGACUUGUCAAUCGGGGAAAUCGCAGUCACCGAUAGACAUUCCAGACGAAGACAAAAUGGAAGCUAACAAGGACUUGAAGUCAUUGGGAAGGGAUUACAAAGUUGUCAAUGCUUCAUUAAUCAAUCGCAGAUUCUAUGUUGAGUUGAAUUUAGGCAAUGCUGGAGGAUUUAACUUUCAAGAGAAGGAUUACACCUUCAAACAAAUUAACUUUCACACCCCAUCCGAACACACCAUCGAUGGCAAACAAUAUGAUGCAGAAUCUCAACUAUUCCAUGUAGCUACAGAUGGCAGCCGAAUAGUUAUUGCAGUACUUUACAAAAUAGGGAAUGCUGAUCCCCUCCUUGCUAAGAUGCAAAACCAAUUGGUAGAGUUGGCAAAGGAACAAUGUGGAUCCAAUGAAGUCUCUCAAAUUGCGGUUAAAAGUUUCAACGCCCCAAAAUUGGAGAGGGGCACUCGCAAGUAUUACCACUACGUCGGCUCUCUUACUACUCCUCCAUGCACCGAAAAUAUCAAAUAUGUCAUCCUUGGAAAGGUGAGAUCAAUAUCAAAGGAACAGGUGGCGCUUCUGAAGGCCCCACUGGAUUCCAAGUGCAAGGGCAACAGUAGGCCAGUGCAACCACUGAAUGAUCGACACGUGGAUCUAUACAGUGAAUCGGAUUAGAGAGAAUAAAAAAAAUAUAUUGUCUUUGAGGCGACAACUAUUAAUAAUAAUGUAAAUUUAGUAGUCCCAUGUUGUAUGUAGCAUAUCAUAUCUCUUCUUAAUCUGGUUAUAUUAUUAUAUGAGAGCCAUACAAUAAAAAUAAACAUGUUAUGUAUCUGAUUCUUUCUACCAAUAUGCAAUCUUAAGUUAUCUC